UUUUUUAAGCCUAUAAAACUCCAAAACUAUCAGUAUGUAACAACUAUGGAUUAGUUGCAGAUAUUAGCUCAGUAACUGACCAAAAUUUCAAUUUACACGUUUACGCCAUAGACAUAUAAGAAUAGACCGAGUGUGUAAAUGGGACACUGAUCACAACGUGCGGAAAAGAGAGAGAGUAAUGGGCAGAGAGUGUGGGCAGCGUGGUUUUCUCUUUCUAUGAGUGAAGAGUGAGGAAGUAGGGGAAACGCGAUAGUCAUGUAAUUUCUCCUCGUUUUCUGGUGCAACAUAGCAACCAAGGUAGAAAAAAAGUGUUGAAAUAAGGAUGAUUAAAUAAUUUAAAAGUAGAGAUGGUGAAUUCGUGCUGUAUUUGUGGGAAAGAAAGUGAUUGGCUUUCAAAUCGUUCUUUUCAUAGAUUUCCCAAAGAUGAAAAUAUGAAAAAAAAAUGGUGUGAUAUUAUUGGAAAAUCUAUUAAUUAUGCUGCCAGAGUUUGCAGUGAUCACUUUAAAAAAUGUGAUUACAAAAAUUAUGAAAGUAGACGUUUACUUCACACUGCAAUUCCUAGUUGCAAAAAUAGGAAAUUGAAUUGUGAUUCAAAUGUGAUCAAUAAAGAAAACCCAUUACAAUUAUUAAGUAAUGCAGUAGAUAGUGAAUCCGAGCCCCAUGUAGAUGUCAUAAAUGAAAAUUUAUUUUGUGAUAAUAAUUGUAAUGAAGACAAAGAAAAUGUAGAGUGCAUAACAAAUAAACAAGAACAGUACGCUGAUACUAACAGUGGCACUGAAACUUUUUUACCAAUAUCAACUGAAAAUGUUGAUAUGCACGUAGUAUCGCAUAACGAAAGUUUAAAGAGAAAGAGAAGUCCUGAAAAUGAUGCUAUUUGCAACAAAAAAAUUUAUUUACUAUUACCUGGAAAAGGUUUAGAGGUAUUUAAAAGAUCGGAUUUUACAUCUGAUGAGACUUGGCAUACGUUUGUCAAAUGUGCAACUUACAAUGACCUACACAAAAAGCUCCUCCUCCAAAAGUGUGUUCGAUUAUCCGAAAGAGUUUCAAAUUUAAGAAGCUUAUUGCAUAGACUGGGUAAGAAGCAAUUACUAUCUCCUGCAGUGAUUGAUGCGAUAAAAGUAAGUUUUUUUAAAAGU